AUGUCGACCAGCAAGGCUGAUGUCGAAUCUGCAGAGUCAUGCUGCGUGGGCGUGCGAGUCCCACCGUUUUACCCGGAGAAGCUGGCGCUGUGGUUCGCGCAGAUGGACGCACAGUUCGCACUCGCGAACAUCAAGACAGACGAGACGAAAUACUUCUACGUCACGGGUCAUCUCGACCCAAAGAACGCGGACGUCGUGGAGGACGUCAUCACUAACCCGCCCGCCACCGACAAGUACGAAAAGCUCAAGGCCGAGCUCAUAAAGAAGCUGUCAGCUUCGCGCGAGGAGAAGGUGAAGCAGCUCCUCAUGCACGAGGAGCUUGGCGACCGGAAGCCGUCGCAAUUCUACCGGCACCUCCUCAACCUCGCCGGUCCAGAUGUUCCGGAGGAGUUCCUGCGGACAAUCUGGACGAGCCGUCUGCCAGCAGGUACGCAGACCAUAGUGUCGUCGCAGUCCAAGUCCCAGACAAAGUCCAGUGUCAAUUAA